AUGAACAGCAAUUUCAAACAAAGCUUCGACGGCUUCGGUUCUCAGACCACCGGCGGCGAAAGGUCGACCGAGAAUCGUCGAAAGAAGCGAACGAAACUCUGCCAUGGUGGUGGCGGUGCUGGCGAUCCCGGUAGCAGCAUUUCUUUGAAGCACAAGCCUGUAUUGAAGAAACCCGAAACCGGGGCUCCAAAGAUCACCCGACCUUGUAGUGAGUGUGGCAAGCAGUUCUGGUCCUGGAAGGCUUUAUUUGGGCACAUGAGGUGCCACCCGGAGCGGCAGUGGCGUGGGAUAAAUCCGCCGCCUAACUAUCGACGACCUGUGUCACCGGAAAAUCGUAUCGAGGAGGCCGCCGGAGCGAAACUGACCGAGGAGGAACACGAGGUCGCUUCAUGCUUAGUAAUGUUGGCGAAUUGGCCUAAUGAGCCCACUGCAAUGGAGGAGGAGGAGCGAUACGAGUGUCUGAGUUGCAAGAGGGUGUUUGAUUCGCACCAGGCAUUAGGAGGACACAGGGCCAGCCACAAGAAUGUCAAGGGGUGUUUUGCAAUCGCGAGGUCCGCCGGCGAAGACGGCGAAGAGCAGCGGAGUUGUGAUCACAGCAACCAUGACAGAGGUGAUCAGGGGCUGGGGCUGAUGGAGGUGAAGGAGGGCAGAGAAGAGAAGACGGUGGUGGUUUCCGGGCACCGGUGCAGCGUUUGUUUAAGGGUGUUCUCUAGUGGUCAAGCGCUUGGUGGGCACAUGAGGUGUCAUUUGGAGAGAGGAGACGAACCAUCUCCAAAUGGGUUGAACCCUUCUACGAGUGGGGUUCUGGACUUGAAUUUUCCUGCCCCAGAAGAAGAGACUGAUGAUAGCCACUCAUCCUCCGCUUCUUCUUCUUCUCCUUCUCCUCCAGACCUUAUUUUGGACCUCAGGCUCGGUAUGUGA